CGGUCACGUGAUCGCGGAGCACUUCCGCUUCCGGUAUUAGUACUCGACGUCCCGACUGAACACUUACUGCCGAGCAAUCCAGCUGAUUCCAGGGUCACUGCUAUCUACUGAACGUUCAAACAACGCGUUCAUCGUGUAACCGGCGCGAUGCAGCAUCUUAAAAGAAUACUGGACGCGUAUGUUGUUUUACAGUCCGCGUUUGUGCUGUCGUGCUGUUUCACCGAGUCGGAGCCCGGGCCUGGUGCGGGGAAUGGAGACCGCUUCAAGAUCGAGGGCCGUGCGGUUGUCUCGGGUGUGAAAGCGCAGGACUGGGUCUCUUCAGCCCGGGUCCUGGUAGAGGGAGGCGAGUAUAUCGGAUUUCUCAGGACCGACGGGAGUUUCGCUGUGCACGAUGUUCCAUCUGGAUCGUACGUAGUUGAAAUCAUAUCUCCGUCGUACAAAUUCGAGCCCGCCCGAGUGGACAUCACCUCUAAAGGGAAAAUGAGAGCCCGCUUGGUGAACUACAUCAAGACCUCGGAGGUAAUCCGACAGCCGUACCCCCUCCAGAUGAGAGCCAGUGGACCGCAUUCGUACUUCAUGAAGCGAGAGACGUGGGGGUGGACUGAUUUCCUCAUGAAUCCCAUGGUCAUGAUGAUGGUCCUUCCCUUACUCAUCAUCGUUCUGCUCCCAAAAGUGGUCAAUACCAACGACCCUGAAAUGAGAAAGGAGAUGGAGCAGUCCAUGAACAUGCUGAACCCUAAUCCAGAGUUGCCAGAUGUCUCAGAAUUCAUGACCAAGCUCUUCUCUAAGGGAUCCAGCAAGCCCGGGGGAAGCAACAAAGGCAGCAGGAACGCAGCACUGAAAAGGAGGUAGUGCUGCUAACAGAGACUGAGGGGGUUUGGAUUUUUUUUGUGUAGAAUUGUUUUGUGGCCUGUUUUGUUUGGUUUUUUUUCUUUUUCAUUUGUCACAAUAAAACUAACUAACUGUAAUGGAUAAUAAGCUUGAGUUUGACUUGGCAGGGCUGUAUAUUAUGUUCACAUUUUUUUUUCUUUCUUUCUUUCUCUUUUUUAAUCGGAUGCUAUAUCACCACAUGUGACGUUUUAAUAGAUCUACAUGUAAACCUUUAACAUCAUGUAUAAAAGCACCAGUAGUUCUAUUCAUGGUUAGUUGGGCCAAGAUCGUCGGAAGGGUAAUGUAUGCUUUUAUUGCUGCUGCGGCUGAGAUUUCUAAAAACGGAUCCUCUUCAGGGUUGAGGCUGGUCGAAAUGUCAUUGUACCCCAACCCAGUUUCCACGAGUACUUGAAACAGAGCUUUUACUUUGAAAUAGUUGGUAAUAUUGUGACGAGUUUGUACAUGACUGUGAAUGAAGAUGAUGAAUGCCUAAAAUUUUAGCAAAGAAAUAUAAACCUAUUUAAACUGAAUGCUAAUAAACUGUAAUGGAUGUUU